CGAAGAAAGGCACGCAUGCGCAGUGCAAAGCAGGCGGAGACGCGCAGCACGUUGUAUCUUGUGGUGAGUUUUUCCAGUGAAGCGGACUCAAGGUUUCAAAAAAGACGACGGAUAAAAGUCUACAGUCUUCAGCUGUCAGAUAUGGAGGAGGUGAGCCCAGCUGUCCGUAUGAAAUGUCAAGGUGAAGAGAGUGGCUCGGAAGAGGUCUGUGAUGAUAAGAAAGAGAAGUCCACACUCCACAAAAGAAGUGUUGAUAUCAAAGAAGAGGACUGUGAGUGGGAAUCUGCAUACCUUCAACAGGAGAGUGUCGGCAUGAAGAAGGAGGAUUGUGAUUUAGACACCAAGCCAAUGCCUGAGACCACCGAGGGGCAGAAAUAUAAAACCGUAGACAGUAUGAAGGAUGAAGACCUCAAAUCGGAGAAUGAAUCUCAGUGUUUAUGUCCCGAUGAAAAGGUUCCUGCAUCUGAUUUCACAACCAAAAGUUCCCCACAGUGUCAUUCUGACCAAGUGAAGUCGGAAUCAAUGGACAUGAGAGGGACCAUCGAUGCAUCGGGUUCAAGUCACUCUGGAGAAGUUUCACAAAGCAAUAGCAACUUCUCCUUCUCUCCACUGGCACCGUCCUUGCUUCAGUGCACAUCACAGCAAACAACAGCAAAUGGUCAAAAUCUAAAUAAAUCAACAUCUGCAUCAAGGAGUUUCAUACCGGCCUAUCUGAUAGGUAAUCCUCUGCCUGUGGUGACUCUAAUGACGAUAAGUGGAAUCGCUGUUCAAUUUCAGAUUAACAAUGCAGACUCAUCCACGGUCUACCAAGAGCAGAAAGUAAGUAGUCCUAAACACAACAGCAAUGCCGAACCGAGCAAUAAAACCCAGAAGCUGCAUUGUUGUUCUGAAUGUGGAAAGCAGUUCUCCUCUAGUAGCAGUCUUAGGAAACACCAAAGAAUUCACACUGGAGAAAAGCCCUAUAGUUGUUUUGAAUGUGGCAGACAAUUCACCAACAGCACCUCUCUCCAGAGCCACAGAAGAAUUCACACAGGAGAGAAGCCAUAUUCUUGUCCUGAUUGUGGCAAACAACUCUCUAGAAGGAGCUAUCUUCACGUGCACAGAAGAAUUCACACCGGGGAGAAGCCGUAUUGCUGUUCUGAAUGUGGCAAACAGUUCACCACUAGAAGGAACCUGCAAAACCACAGAAGAUUUCACACAGGAGAAAAGCCACAUUGCUGUUCUGAAUGUAGCAAACAGUUUUCCACACUCUCGUAUCUUCAAGCUCACGCAAGAAUUCACACCGGAGAGAAGCCUUAUUGUUGUUCUGAAUGUGGGAAGCGAUUUUCUCGUGGAAGUGGCCUUUACAGCCACAAAAAAAUUCACACUGGGGAGAAGUCAUUUUGUUGUUUGGAUUGUGGCAAACGAUACUCUCGUGCGAGUGGUCUGCGGAUCCACAAAAGAAUUCACACUGGAGAGAAGCCGUAUCGCUGUUCUGAAUGUGGCAAAGAAUUCUCCACAAGGGGCCUUCUUCAAUCUCACACAAGAAAUCACACAGGAGAGAAGCCAUAUUCUUGUUCUGACUGUGACAAACAAUUCUCCUCAAGUGUGAUGCUUCGUGCUCACAGUAGAAUUCACACUGGAGAGAAUUUGUAUUGUUGUUGUGAAUGUGGAAAAAAAUUUGUGUUCUGGAGCAGUCUUAACAAGCACAAGGCAACUCACAGUGGAGAGAAGCCACAUGCCUGUCCUGAAUGUGGCAAACGAUUUUUGGAAAGAAGCCAUCUUCGCAACCACAUGAGAAUUCAUACUGGCGAGAAGCCAUAUUGUUGUUCUGAAUGUGGAAAACGGUUUUCUUUUGGGAGUGCUCUUCGGACCCACACAAGAAUUCGCACUGGAGAGAAGCCAUAUUGUUGUUCUGAGUGUGGCAAACAAUUUUCUUGUAGGAGCGGUUUUCAGGCCCACACAAGAACUCACACUGGAGAAAAGGCAUAUUGUUGUUCUGAGUGUGGCAAGCAUUUUGCCACCAACAGGAACCUUGACAUGCACAAAAAAACUUCACACCAGAAGCAAUCUACACUGCUAUCCUGACUGUGGCAAACAUUUUAUUUUUUUAAAUGAAUGCUCUUCAGGCCUACAGAACAACUCACGGUGGAUAAAAGUCAUAUUCUUGUUCUGAAUGUGGUAAGCAAUUCUCUCAAAAGAGCACUCUUCAUAUCCACACAAGAAUUCACACUGCAGAGAAGCUGUAUUGUUGUUCUGAAUGUGGAAAAUGAUUCACCAUCAGCAGGUAUGGGAGAGAGAGUCCAUAUUGUUAUUCUGAAUGUGGUAAGCGAUUUUUUACACAUGAGUCACUUUCGGUCCCACAAAAC